AUGGCAGACCCUCUAUCUAUCCUGGGUGCGGCAGUGGGUGUAACAUCUUUAAUUAUUCAGACAUUAGACGAAUGCAUCAAAGGUACAAGCAUGAUAUUUGUUAUUGUACCAUCACGGCUAACUUCUUCACCAGCAUAUCAGUACUACGCGAAGGCGGUAGGCAUGCCAGAUGAAUACCGCUAUUGCAAGAUCCGCCUCCAAACGGAACAACAGCGCUUCCUAAACUUUGGGCUUGAAGCCGGAGUCCUCUAUACUGAUGGCACUCUGUGUGAAACACUCCGACUCAACAGUUCCUUGCUUCUGGCAGUGCUUGCUGAGAUAAAGACGCUCUUUGAGGAUUAUGCAACAAGGAAUGGAAAAUAUGAGGAAACUCAAGGUGAAACUAGAUGGGGUGAUCAGGGGGAACCGGAGACUGACCUGGUCACUCUAAUUUGCCUACCUUUGGACGAUUCAGACGGUGCCUCGUUUGUCUCUGACGAGAAAAAAACAUCAGCGCUUGAAAAAACUUCGCAAGUACAAACUGGAAAAAACCUUCGCACUAUUGCACUGGAGCCCAAACGUUUAGUAUGGGCAACUGUGGAUAAAUCAAGUUUCGAGAACGUCAUUGCGAAGCUUGGAGUUCUGAACUCGUUUCUUAUAUCUCUCCUUGACAGUGCGCGAGUCGAACGAUUGCAGCUUGCUAUGGAUAUAAGUUAUAACGAGAUUCUGCAAAUUCGUGACGAUAUCAAGGGGUUAUCUGGAUUGGUCGAGGCGUUAAGUAAUGGGGCCGAUGAGAGAGAUUCGUCGCUAGGUGGAGAUAUCUUGCACGACAAUCAUAUUCGGCAACCACUCUUACGAGAGAUGGAAGCACAAAGAAAGAAGCAAAGGUACCUCAAGAAACUCACCGAGGUAAAGAUACAGUACAAACAGAUUGGCGGUCAGAUGGGCGCGGAGACUGUUAUAUCAGGCCGGAAGCCGUUGGAUCUUUCGCAUUUUUAUUUCAACUCUCCAGCCAUUGAUCAGGGUUUCCCCGAAAGCCAUAUUUCUGCGACUUAUGACGGCCGAAAUAUCUGGAUUGAAUGGAGCAGCUACCAUUCCAACCAGCCACAUGACGAUUCGGCCAAUUCCAGACUUGAGGAUCGAAUUCGUCUCUUGACCGAUCUCCUCUGCGACGAAAUACCAGCAGCCUUUCGGUUGCCACCCUGUCUUGGGUACCUUGCGUUUAACCACGACGACCAAAAGUGGUUCGGGAUUGUUUUCGAGAAGCUUCCACAUCGUCCUAUAACGCAAGUUGUGACACUUCGACAGCUUCUCCAGCAACAACCAGUACCCUCACUCUCCAUGCGAAUCUCUCUAUGCGCUACCCUGGCUGGGUGUGUCCACACCUUCCAUGCUGUUGACUGGGUCCACAAGGGGCUGCGGAGUGAGAAAAUCGUCUUUUUUUCACAACCACUGUUGAAUCUUGAUCUUAAAGAACCGUUCGUGCUAGGAUACGAGCUGUCUCGACCUAAUAUCCUAGAUGAGUUGUCUGAGAAGCCGAGAUUCAAUCCCCGUGAGGAUAUCUAUCGACACCCGUUCGCACAGUCUUCUCAAAACAGCGGAGAGUACCGAAAAUCGUACGACAUAUACAGCCUCGGUAUUUUGCUGAUAGAAAUAGCAACUUGGAAGCCAAUUCAUGAGUUCCUCGAUUUCGAUAAUUUGGAUUCUGCCAGGCCUUCAGAAUUGAUCGCUGUCCAAAAGCGGUUGCUCAAAGAGGACGUUUUUGACAAUUGCCUACAACAAAUUUCCAGUAAACUUGGUGACUCAUAUAGGGAAAUUGUCGAGCUGUGUUUGCGCGCUGAUGAGGUGGAGAGACCAGUCUAUGAUGGAGAGUCUGGAACCUCGAUAGCAGUUCGACUACAGAGAACUCUAGAGCAGAACAUCGUGAGGAAGUUGGGUGAUAUGGAAAGGGCAAUGAGUUCUAGUCACCCCUUAUAG